AUCAUAUCUAAGUGUUCCAUAUUCAGCGAUCGCACAGACAUACCUACAAAUGUCACCUACAUUCAACACGCUCGUGUGGUCAUAUUAACUAGUCUAUGUUGCAGAUAACACCUGGUAAGGCGAGGCGUUAUGAAGCCAUGGGCGGUCAAGAUUGUCGCGCUCAAGCGAUUAGAAGCAACAAAAAGAAAACAAUGCGAGUUUAGCAUGAAUGGGGUCUAGAUUUGCUGGUUGCAAGCAUUACUGUGCUAUAUAAGGUGCACCGAUUACCAGCCGAUUGCACAGUUUGACGCCGGUUCGGUUUCUGUGUGGUAUUCUUGGCGAGUGUGUUGUGAUAUUGGAAAUCAGUUUACAUUAAAAAUAGUUUCAUAAUAAAAAAAAGAAUGUUGUGGAAAACAUUUUCGUUAGCCAUCACCUAUUUUGUGCUAUGUGGAUUAACGACGGAAGUUGGAGCCGGAGCUUGCAUUAUACCACAACCGCUGAAGGGCCAAGAAAUGAAUUUGGUACGUGUGGAUGACGAAGCUUUGCCCUCCGAUGAAGUCUUGCCGCGUCCAAGACUGGACGGACGCAUUGUAGGUGGCUACAAAGUGAAUAUUACGGAUGCGCCACAUCAAAUUUCGCUGCAAACAAGUGGCGGACAUAUUUGCGGCGGUUCUAUAAUAGCGCCACGCUGGGUGCUCACAGCUGCUCAUUGUACUGACGGUAAAACCCCGGAGAAGUUAAAAGUGCGUAUCGGUUCCUCAGAGGCAGCUAGCGGUGGCCAAUUGUUGCGCGUCAAACAGAUUGUACAACAUGAGAAGUUUAAUUACUCCAAUGUGGAUUAUGAUUUCUCUUUACUACAUCUGGAGAAGGAAAUACAGUAUUCUGACAAUAAAAAACCUAUCAAGUUACCCGACGAGAAGGAUCAGUUUAUGGAUGGCGAUAUCUGUUAUGUGACCGGCUGGGGCAAUACACAAAAUGCCAGCGAGUCACGUCAGUGGUUGCGUCAAGCUGAAGUGCCGCUGUUCAACCAUGAACUCUGCUCUGAGAAAUACAAGCAAUUUGGCGGCGUUACAGAUCGUAUGGUUUGUGCUGGUUAUCUGGAGGGCGGCAAAGACGCUUGUCAGGGCGAUUCAGGUGGUCCACUUAUUACCAAAGAUGGAAUGCUGGUGGGUGUGGUGUCAUGGGGCUAUGGUUGCGCUAGACCUGAAUAUCCUGGCGUGUAUUCACGUGUGCAAUUUGCGCGUGAUUGGAUACGACAGCAUAGCGAAGUUUAAGUCCGAAGGGAGAAGGAAUUUAUUAUAAAAACUGGCAGGGAUUCUUUAGUUCUUAAUCGUUUAUUCAACGAAGAUUUUAAUUUUGAUCUUCAAAUGUUUUAUUAAAUAAAAU